CCCGAGGCCAGGCAAGGGCCUCCAGAGGUCGAAAACGCCUAAAAGCCCUUGCCCUGACUCCGGAUCUGCAGCAUUGUGGGCGAUGCUGCAAGUCGGGCAGAAGUUUCCGCCCUGCUUUUCGAGCUCCUUUGACGUCGAUUCCCGCCAGGCCCUCCCCCUCAGAAGUCGUGGGGGGCAGGGGCCGGGCUCGCACGCGACCCCCCCGUUCUUUGGCACGCCGCAGCGUGCUUGGGCCCGUGCCCUGCCGCCCCCCCUCGCUCGGAGGCGGCUGACGAGCGCGGACCUGGACGCGUGGGCCCGGGGGCCCACCGUCCGCGGCCACGCGCACAGCAGGCCCACCUUCGAGCGGUACGGCCUCUCCCUCGUGCGCGAGGUGGGCGGCGGCGCCGCCGUGCCGGAGGACUGGGCCGUGAGGCUGCUGUCGGCCACGGGCGCCAAGGGCAGCGAGGGCCCGAACCAGGACGCGUUCUCCUACACACUGCUGGACUCCGGCUGGAUCGUCUGCGUCGCCUGCGACGGUCACGGGGAGCACGGCGAGGUGGUCGCGGAGCGCGUGGCGCGCGCUUUGCCGCUCUUCCUCUCCCCACACCUCCUGGAGCACGACCCCGAGGUGGCCCUGCGCCGGGCUUUCGCCGAGGCGCAGCUGGACCUGGAGCGCUGCUUCCGGAGCGCCCAGGUCUACAGCGGCGCGGCGGUGGCCGCGUGCUGCGUGCACAGCGAGCGCCGAGAGGCCUGGACGGCGCACGCCGGCGACUCGCAGGUUGUUCUGGGCGACCUGGGUGGCGGCGGCGUGGUGUGCUACACCGAGGAGCACAAGGCGCACGACCCGGGGGAGCUCGAGCGCCUCAGGGAGGCCGGCGCCCAGGUGAUCCAGAAGAGGUACGACGACGGCGAGCUGGUCAGCCGCAUCUUCAUCCCGCGCACCGGCAUCCCGGGCCUCGCGAUGUCCCGCUCCCUGGGCGACGGCUGCCUCAAGAAGUACGGGGUCUGCGCGGAUCCUGAGGUGCAGGACAUGUCCACCCUCUGGCGGGCCUGCGCCGCGCCCGUCCUGUUGCUGGCGAGCGACGGCCUGUGGGACAUGGUCACGCCGGGCGCGGCCGUGGAGGUCCUCGCGUCGCGAUGCCGCUCUGGGCUCGACGUGCUGCUCGGCGUGGAGGUGCUCCUCCGGCGCUCGCAGCGGCUAUGGAUAGAGGCCGAGGGCGACUACUGCGACGACGUGACGGUCCUCCUCGUGGCGCCGUCCGCGAGCCUCGCCGCCGCCACGUCCUGCGGCCGCGUCCACUCAGCAGUCGUUCGCGGGCGUGCGCGUGAGCCCCACGGGCUCUGGACGUCCCUGCGCUUGCAGCUUGGAGCAGGUUUUCAAACGUCCGACGUUGGAGCUUGCAGCGUCUGUGGAAUGGAGCGAGGAUGGCGAAAGUGAGUAGGCUUGUUGAAGUGUGAGCAGGAGCCGCACGAAGGAGCCGGAGGGAUCCUUGCCCCGCACCCUCAUGCCUCGGUUGCAGGCCGCGUGAGCGCCGCCGAGCGGCCUGUCGAGCGGCGGCGGUGGCCGCCGAGUGCACGGGCAGGUAGAGGAGGAGCAAGUAGGACGAGCUAUAAAAGUCGGAUUCACGAAGGUGAAGCAGAGCUAGACUCCCCGCUGCCCUCCUCGUGUCCCUGCCGCGCGCGCACAACGCCUGCCUGCGGCCAUUUUUGGCUCAAGGCUGGGACCGCGUGUCCCGCCCGCCCACCCCUGCGCGUUUCUUUUCCUGUCCUUGUUUCUGCAGCGCCGCUGCGUCCGCUGCUGCGUGGGGCCUGGAGCGGCUUCGGGACCUUGGUGGUUGGCCA